CAGAGACAGCAGAUUGAGGAUGUGGGUACAGAGAAAGACAGACAGCAGAUGGAGGAUGUGGGUACAGAGAAAGACAGAGUUACACAGUGGCAGUUUGUUACAGCGGAGGGUGAGAGGAUGUGCAGAGAUAUCUUUCCUGCUGUUCUAAAGAAAAUCUGCACACACUGAGGGUACAAUGGACGCCAUGACCUCCUUUUCUUACAUCUACAUUGUCACCAUCUGUGUGGGCCUCCUCUCUGCAGAAGCUGAGAUCACUGUAUCUGGCCAAGUGGGGUCUACAGCUGUCCUGCCGUGUGAACUGCAGCGUGUAGGCACUGAAAUACAGCAUAUUAGGUGGAUCACUGAAUCUGAGACUGUGUUUGAGCGAUUGGGUGAUGAGAGCUAUCAGGGUGAGGGAUAUGAGGACCGUGUGGACGUCCCUGAGGAAGAGCUGCAUAAGAGGAGCUGUUCCUUGGUGUUGCACAAUCUGUCACUUACUGAUGCAGGUGUCUACACGAGCUACCAGACAGUGAGACGCUCCAAGAGCUCUGCCUCUGUCAAGACAAAAAGAGACCUGAUCAGCCGUGUUAAACUCUCAGUCCAGGAAAAACCUCCUGAAAACAGAACUGAAAUUCCCACAGAUGAUGCAGGAAUGAAGUGUCCUCACCCACCGAUCAUGGUCUUGUCCCUCAUAUCAUGUUUACUCCUCCAGUUCUUCUUUGCGUAAACCUGAGUGUGAAUUAGAGCUGUGCACAGGACUGUGUCUUUAUGUCUAAAGCACCACGUGGUGGAAGUGUUAUGUUUUUGUGUUGUUCUGUUCGCCUGCUUGAAUACACAACCUCCUGUCAGUCUGUGUGUUAUCUUUCAGAAGGUCAGAGCCAAAGCAUAUAGGGAGGAUCAGACAAAGAUCAAUCCUAAUGACCCCCAUAAAAGGUACAGGAAAGAGAGAAAAGAAAUGUACCCUGUCCACUUUAGGGUUACGGGAACCCAGCCCUGGAUCCAGGCCACAGGCAAGCGUCUGGUGACUGGGCCCCGCACAUAACCCAGUCGCUCUCAUCCUGAAAUGCUUUCUGCUCUUUACAUAGCUACACAACAAUUAGUUUAACACAAAUAUAUUUAGACCAGUUUUAAACAUAACUGGAAGAUAUAAGAACGUAUAUUGAAUCUAUCUUCUGUACUGCUUAAUAAGGUGUAGUGACACAAGGUACAUUUUUGUUGCAGAUGGUUUGAUGAUAUUGCUUUUGGCAGUGCUGUCCGACAGCUACAUAGACGCUUAAUUUCAUUAGCUUCAUUACACAAGCUAACCUGUUAGAAGUUUUCCUACAUCACAGUUGAAGUAUUAUUGUCAGGGUUUGCUGUUAAACUGCAAUGACAAGUGAUAUCCAUGACUGUAAGUGUUAUUGUUACUGAUGCUGUAUAUAAUCACUUUUGCUAAUAAAGGCACUUUGCUGAACAAGGAAUAA